CCCGAUGGGGUGUUAAAUUUGAAACGCUCCAGUCAAUUUUCAAACAUUCUACCGAUCUAAACUUGUGCUUCCGAGUGAUUACUCGUUUUUAUCCAUAAGUCAUAAUCCCUUUAUAUCAACACUUUGGAUUACAUAAUACAUUGCAAUCAUGUAUGCUGAUUCCCUCGAUGCAAUCACUUUUUUUCGAAGUUACGCAGAAACUGUUAAGGAAAAAGUGCAGAGAAUUGAAGAACGAAAUGUCAUGAUAAAGGACAUGCAAGAAGAAAUCCGUCUGGAAAAGUGCAAUUCAGAGAGGCAUCUGCAGGUGGAAAUAGAGCAAGGAGGAAAGCGAAAAGCCCACCUUGAAGAAACUUCUCGCGUUAUCUAUAAUAAUGAAAAAACUUACAUGGACUAUCUUGUAAAGUCAACAGAGGAAGAAGAAUGGUUACGGUACAUGACUUGUGACGGGCUUCCAGAUCCUACUAUACUCUCUCAGUUGAAUACUUUUUUAUUUCUAUGGAAUGAGGAAUACGAUGAGGCAUCGAUGUUGAACAUUACAACCAAGUGCCAAGUUGUAACUUAUCUGCUCGCUAAGUUGGAUAAUAUUAUCGAUUUUUCCAUUAUGGUCUCGGAAGAAUACAUUGACGAGUGCAGAGGGAUUAGAAGUACUUUUCGGGAGGGACUCAAGUGCUGGAUGGAUCUCGCGAGUUAUCGAUUACUCAGGCACAUCGAGUGGGAUAUGAUAAGGGAGGAUUUGAAGAAUGCACGAUAUGUUAAACAAUCCAAUGAAUUAAUUUGCUGUGUCUGGGCACUUAUUCAACUACCAAUCAGUAUUAAGCAGGUCGCUGAGAGAGACAGAAAAUCGAUCGAAAUCAUUUUCAAAGAAUUGAAUCUAACCGUGAAAAUGCCAGCCGACAUGGAUUGUUAUGCGAUGGCGAUGAGAGGUCUCUGGGUCCAGUACGAUCAUUACUCUGAUCUCAGUCCUUCUUUUUCCAUACCAGAAAUGCCCAGAGAGUAUCACACAAAUGAAGAUCUUCUGACAUUCACAUCAAAUGAGUACGAAACAAAGAUGAAAAUUUGUGAGGAACAAGUAGAGGGUAGGAAAUUGAGACUGGAGGAGAAGAAAGCUAUAGUAGAGCGUUUAUUGAAUCCCCCCCAAUUUGUGAAGGAGAAAAAGGGGAAAGGGGGGAAAAAACAGGCAGCAGCGGUUGGCAGGAGUAAAAAAAGUGAACCAGAAGGGGAGCCGGAACCACUGCCCUACUUACCAACUCCUGACGAGAUUGUAUUGCAAAAAGAAGAUGAAAACAGAAAAGAAAUGCGAAAAUUAUUAUUUACAAGAUGUGAAAAAACGGAGAUAAAUCUGCGAAAAUAUGCCAUCUUAGGAGGUGUCUUCCACAUUGAUUUAAUUUACCAACCACCACAGCCCAAGGAUAUGAGACGCGAUAUUUUUCUAACCACUCUCCAACUACCAAAAGAAUUGAAUUUUGUGGCUUUCUCGAGACCCUAUAAAGCACCACCGCCAGCGCCGGAUGCUGAGAGAACUCCGGAAAUAAUCGAAGCCGAGAUAAAGGCCUUGGAGGCCGCCAUGGAGAAACUAGUCCUCAUAACCCUCCAACUUCCAGAUUCGGUUUUGUGGUUGGAGCCACCGCUGGUUGCCCAUUGGAUCCCAGAAAGAAGGAUUUGGUCAACUCAAGACGUUCACGAUAUUAAAUACAAUGAGGAAAAGCAGAUAAUCACAUUCAGAUCAGGCAGACUGGGAGUUCACGGUCUUGCUGGUUACAAAUUUGUCAAUCUCCCUUUUCAGAGUUGGGAACUGAGGCCGGAAACCGGAAAGGCCGGUGGAGUAGUGCUCACCAUCUCCGCGGCUAUCGUCCAAGUUGAAUUCAUUGUCAAAGAGGACUCAGUCUGUCUCCAUUCCUUGGCAGGCGGAGGCACUGCAGCACUGCAGGACCUAGUCGGCAAAUACAUGAAAUUAAAUCACCUUAUUCGAAAAAUGAGGGCCGGUGGUUGUGACUUGUUUCCGGACAGAGAUGCAAUUAGUUACGUCAAAGGUCUACCAGUUAAGCAUCCAGUGACUGAGAGACACCUUCAGGCAUGCAUGGGACUACUUUGCACAGCCUACAUGUUCGCAUGGUCUCGGUGGAAUGCAGCUGGCACUGCCAGACAAAUUGUCAUGCAAAUCAAAGAAUUACACGGAUGUAUCGCUAAGGAGCGAUCUAAUAUAAUGCUACUGGUGACGCCCCUUCAAACUACGCUCAUUCAGUGUACCGAAGUGGGAUCUGAGUUCUCUGAUAAACCGUUAGAUCAAUAUGAUAAUGAGUUUUUUGCCGAUGUCUAUCAUCUUGCUCUUCACACUGCAGGAAUAAAAAGCCGACUCCUUAUGAAAGCAGUCUCUUGCAAACUCGCUACCACUGUUACUAAAUUACUAGAGGCUACCAAUGUUAUUAGUAUGUCCACGUGAUACACAAAUAUCCGAGUAUAUUAUUACUUGUUGCUAUCUUGCCGUAUUAAAGAGGCUGUGAUCAAACUACUCGUAUUUUUUCCAUCGUUCCACACUAAAUGUACAUAAUAAUGUAAUCUCAUAAA